UGCUUUAGGCAAAAUCCUUAAAGGAACCAACUUUCUGUUCUCUCUUCCUCUUCUUCUUCUUCUUCUUCUUCGAUCACUCGACACUGACCUGCGAUUGGUUCGUCACUGGAAUAGCGACCCUCUGAGCUUUUCCUCAGCUUCUGCUUCUUGGGUCGUCCUCGGCGGCGAGAAAUCGACCCGGUUUCUGGGGUUUCUCAAGGGAAAACGAGAAAUUCGACGAUGAAGAUACAGUGCGACGUGUGCGAGAGAGCCCAGGCGACGGUGAUCUGCUGUGCCGACGAGGCCGCGCUCUGCGCCAAGUGCGACGUCGAAGUCCACGCCGCGAACAAGCUCGCGAGCAAGCACCAGAGGCUCCUCCUUCACUCCCUCUCCACCAAGCUCCCUGUUUGCGACAUUUGCCAAGAGAAGGCAGCCUUCAUCUUUUGCGUGGAAGACAGAGCUCUCUUCUGCAAGGACUGCGACGAACCAAUUCAUCCCGCCGGAAGCCUGUCGGCUAAUCACCAGAGGUUACUGGCAACUGGCAUCAGAGUCGCUGUCAGCUCUAGCUGCACCAAAGAUGCUGAGAAGAUUCAAUCUGAGCCACCGAGCCGGAAUGCACCUCAUAUGUCGGUGAAAUCGCCCCAACAGCAAGCUUCCAGUUUCUCGCCUUCAUGGGGUGAUGUUGAUGAACUGCUACAGUUGCCAGAUUUUGAGUCCUCUGACAAGAAGGGACAGCUCGAGUUUGGUGAGCUAGAAUGGCUCGCGGAUAUGGGUCUCUUUGCUGAUCAGGUUCCUCAAGAAGCCCUAGCAGCAGCUGAAGUUCCUCAGCUCCCAUUGCCACCCUCGAGCAGCUACACGUCAUCCCGAACCACGAAAUCCCAGAUGCCUCAUAAGAAGCCAAGGAUUGAAUACGACGAGGAGUUUUUCACCGUUCCUGAUCUUGGCUGAUGAGAUGGACGCUGAUGCUGCACGGACGUUUGUAUGUAUCCACAUAUAUGCAUAGGCAUCUACUUCUUAUGUAAUGAAGGAACCUUACAGGGAGAAUCGUCUCAUGAUGCGGGAUUUACUGCAUCCUUUAAUAUUUUGGUCCGUCUUUUUUGUAAUAUCCUUUCUGUGAUAUAUUGAGACUACAAAUCAAAUGACCCCUUCCUUUGGAUUUUGAAAGUUGCUCGGUGUAAAUCUCACCCCUUAAAA